AUGAAUGAUACAAAAACAAUUCGAAAUCAAAUAUUUGAGGAUCGGAGUAUUUAUGCGGAUAAUUACUACGAGACUCUCGAAAGAUCAGCUGGCACGAAUUCUUUUAAUCUAGAAUAUGGAGCAGCUUCCACAGCGGUACGCUGUGCUACUACUUUACUAAUAAAAGCUGGUUAUAUCCUAAUACAAACUGCAUGUAUACCAACCUGGAAUGUAUACUCUUUAAUAUAUUUUAAUCUAGUAGAUUUCGUAAGUGCAACAUUUGGAUUUCUUUGCAUUGGAUUCUUUCUUUCAUUUGGUAAGAAGAAAACAAUAUUUGCAAAGGAACCAGACUAUGAUGAAGCCGUUUUAGGUUGGUGUGUAGCUGUAUUUUCAUCCACUAUUGUAACAGUUUUAUUAGCUGGACGCUUAACAAAAACAGCGUUUUUUAUUGUCACUACCGUUCUAAAUUGGUUAAUUGCACCUCUGUUCUUUUAUUUUAUUUAUUCAGAACAAGGAGUCAUGUAUAAACAAACGCUUAUGGACGUUACAGUUUCAGUGAAAGAUUAUGGAGGCUGUUUGUUGAUUCAUGUUAUUGGUAGUUUAAUUGGUUUAAUUGGUAUCCUAUUUCUUGGUAGAAGAGUUAUGCGUUUAAAAGAAAUAUAUGAAUGUUCAAUGGGACCUGAUGCACCUGGAUUGGCUGUUGCGGGCUAUUUUUUCAUAAUGAUUGGAAUGACAUUUCUUAAUGUACCGUCACGGUCUUACGAACAAACCCAUCUUCCACAAGACUAUACAGGUUUAAUAUUAGUUAAUAACUUGUUUGCGGCUGUUGGAAGUAUGACAAUUGUUAUAAUUUUUGGUUUAUAUUAUCAGACGUAUAUUAGUUACUGGUUUCUUUUACGAAUUAUUCAAGCUGGACUCGCUGGAAUGGUUAUGAUUAGCGCUGGGCAGGAUGUUUUUACACCACUUUCAACGUUAGGAACUAGUGUCUUGGCAGGGAUAACCUUUUAUUGGGGAGCCCAGUUCGCAUAUUUCUCUGCAUUUGAAGAUUACUGUAAUAUCGUAGCAAUACAUUUGAUACCCGGUUUUAUUGGCAUGAUUUUGCCGGGACUGUAUGCAUCAACUGAUAAUAUGGGGUUUGGUACUGUAGAGGCUGUUGUUGCGAUUGCUCAUCUGUUAUGGCAAAUAAUAUGUUUAAUAAUAGCCCUAGUAAUUGUUAUAAGUGCAUAUUCUGCAAUAUUUUUUAUAUUACGCUAUUGUUCCUGCCUACGCAAUUCUAUGGAAGAGAUACAAUAUAAUCGAGCCUUAAGAAUUCAAAAACACACUUCUCGCCGUAAGUUUUAUCAGCGAAUUUUUCCACCAAAACCUACAUCCAUUGCUUUACUGCCUGGUUAUGAUUCAAAACAAAUUUUUAAGAAUCAACGUCUCGAGAAUCCUCAUGAAAUGAAUGACAGACUUAUGCCGAAUAAUGUUUCGAUGUUUGCAAAAUCAAUGACAAAAAAUCCAUUUCAAAAUGAAUUCGAAGAACCACAUAAAAAAAAAUUUGUGAAUUUUUUCGAGAAUCCUGAUGUUAUUGAGAAAAGUAUUGAACCUGAAUUUCUUUCACUGAGAACAAGGUUUACUACAGCUAAAUCAAGCAGUGAACCUUUGUUGGACAUUCAACCGCUACCAACCAUCAUUCGUCGACGAUGUUCUACAACGGGAAUUUUAGAUAAAUCAUUGCUAAAACAACGUAAAUUUAUACAAAGGCCGUGGAAUAUUCAUCAAAAGGUCCGAUUGUAUGAUCUAAAAAAAACCGAAAAACGAUGUAACAUUGCUUUAGGAAAUAUUGAGAAAUGCCAUACAAUGGAACCUAUAACGAAUGACGAUCACUACUCAGUUGAAGUAAUAAAUUUAAAUGAUGAAACUGUGAAAAUAAUUAAAAGUCCAAUAAAUAUAGAUGAUUAUUAUGACAGUAUUUCAGAAUCUGAAAUAUAA